AUGGAGGGACAUAAAAUAAAGACGAAAUCCAAAUUCAAAGUUCGCCAUCAGAAGCACAAAUUAUUUCGUGCCAAUGAACCAUUGUUAUCUGUUCUCAUGUGGGGUGUCAAUUUCACCAUUCAUGAAUUAGAUAAUGUGAAUAUUCCAGUUAUGCUCUUACCAGAACACUUCAAAGCUAAUGUCAAGAUUCGUAUUGACAAUCAAAAUUUCAAUAAAGAAGUGAUGCCAAGUCAUUUCAAAGUCAAAGAGUAUUGCCCAUUAGUAUUCCGUGCUUUUCGCGAAUACUGGAAAGUUCAUGAUGGUAGUUUUCGAGAUUCUCUAACUGAACCACCCAUACCAAUGAAUGAAACAACCAAAUCAAGUUUACCGUUGUAUCAAUCGUGUGAUCGUCGUUUUGUUCUCAAAUGUAUUACUAAAGAAGAUGUCGAACAAAUUCAUAAUAUCCUACCCGAAUAUCAUCGAUAUAUUGUCGAAACUCAAGGUGAUACCUUACUUCCGCAUUAUUAUGCUUUGUAUCGAUUAACAGUUGAUGACAAGGAAAACUAUAUCUUAGUUAUGCGAAAUGUUCUCUCAACGAAAUAUAAAAUUCAUUACAAAUAUGACGUGAAAGGUUCAACCGUUGAUCGACGUGCGACGGAUAAAGAGAAACUGAAUCCAUGUCCAACAUUGAAAGAUAUUGAUUUCGUCGAAAGCAAAAGAACGAUCGAUUUAGGUCCAGAACAAAAGAAAAUCUUUAUGGAAAGACUUAAACGUGAUGUUAAGUUCCUUGUUAGCCAACAUAAAAUGGAUUACUCAUUAUUGAUUGGUAUUCAUGACCUUGAUCAAGGAGGGGUCGAACGGGAUCUAACUGUAUCUGGCGGGGAUAUGAAUACAUCCGAUUUGUCGGCUUAUGAAUCAUCAGAUGAUUCUGAUAAUCCAACACAGAUCGGUGAAGAUUGUUCAUUUGACGAACCAUUUAUGUUGCGAAAUUCUGAUAGAUCCACACGUCGUGAACUGUACAGUCUUGGUUUAAUUGAUAUCUUAACCUAUUACGGAAUGAAAAAGAAGAGUGCACAUGUAGCAAAAACAAAACUAUCUGGUUCAGAUGCCGAUGGCAUAUCUACAGUUCGACCGGAGAUAUACGCUCGACGCUUUUUGGAUUUUAUUGAUAAACAGUUUAUAUAG